CCCACCCGAGCUCUGCGCAGCUCACACCGCAGCUGAAGGUCGACCUGUAUCCAGCCCGCUGGUCAUGGACACCCUGGGCAGGCUGCUGCUGCUGGCUGCACUGCUCCUGACACCCGCUGAGGCCCAGCAGGCCUCAGAGCGCCGCCUGAAGCCCUGGCUGGUGGGCCUGGCUGCCGUGGUGGGCUUCCUGUUUAUCGUCUUCGUCCUCCUGCUGGUCAAUCGUGUCUGGUGUUCCAAAGGCAGAGCAGCCGAUGAAGAGGCUACAUUCAGAAUGGAUCACAUUAUGAACGAGAACUCGAAGCCAAGUAAAACAGACAAGAAGAAGCAGAAGAAGAAGAAGGCAGACAGGAAGGGCGGACAGAGCAACGCGGGAUUGGAGCUGGAGGAGGAGUCCUCAGAUGAGGAGAGAAGCAAGAAAACAGCCUUGUGAGGCCUCUUGUCGCCUGGGGGUGUUCCGUCCACACCCCUCACGCCGCAGCCACCACCUGAAGCUGAACUGGUGUCAUCUGGGUCUGAAAACUGUCCUCAGAUGAGGAGGCCAGCUCUCCCUAUAGCCCCCACACUCAUCCCCUUCCCCACGGAUACACUGGCCACUGGCCUGUUGUCCACUCCUAUCCAUCUGCCCUCCUUCUGCAUCCUCUCUCACAUCCAGUCUGCCCCCUCCAGGCACACUCGUGGUGUCACCUAACUGUCCCGUAUGUUUGUGAGUCCCAUCGCUGCUCCUGGGAGGCUUUCUACCCUCUGUGCUAUUUGUGUCUUGAAGGAGAGAUACCCUGUGGUCCAAGCUUUCUGCCCCAUAGUCACUUGGUUCCUCUGAGGACCAAGGACCGUGGACCUUGUUUCACCCUAGGGUCUCUGGUUCUUGAGUCCUCCCGGGACAAGCUCUUUUGGGCAGACAGUUCGAGCAAUGGCCACCAGGGGGCGGUGUGACUUCCCAGCACCUUCCUUUAAUAAAGGCCCUAAUGCUGUGUA